AUGGAUCAGUUUCUUGACGUGUCUCCAUUUUGGUGCAUGUUCUUCAAUGUUUUCGUUGUAGUUCUUAGCCUUAUUUUCUUGAAGCUCUUUCUGCAUUGCUGGAUAUUGCCCGUUCGAGCUCAGGAGAAGCUUGGAGAAAACGGAUUUUCCGGUCCACCACCUAGUUUUCCAUUAGGCAACCUUAAUGACAUGAAGAAACUAAAACCGGCCUUGGUAAUGGUGGAGAACAGCAAAUCAUCCACCAUAAUCAACCAUGACAUACAUUCCAUCGCCCUUCCACAUUUCGCUCUUUGGCAACAACAAUAUGGGAAAGUGUUUGUGUACUGGCUAGGCAUAGAGCCAUUCGUGUACGUGGCAGAUCCUGAAUUCUUGAGUGUUAUGUCGAAGGGUGUAUUGGGGAAGAGUUGGGGAAAGCCAAAUGUUUUCAAGAAAGACAGAGAGCCAAUGUUUGGUACCGGUUUGGUUAUGGUCGAAGGCGAUGACUGGACACGACAUCGCCACAUUAUCAAUCCUGCAUUUUCUCAUGUUAAUCUGAAGGCUAUGAAAAAUAUGAUGGUGGAAUCAACCACCAACAUGUUGGACCGAUGGGCCAUGCAAAUAAACUCAGGCAACUUCGAAUUCGACAUGGAGAGCGAGAUCAUAGGAACAGCCGGUGAGAUAAUUGCUAAGACAAGCUUCGGUGUUAAGGGAGAAAACGGAACUCAAGUCCUACAAAACUUAAGAGCCAUGCAAUUUGCUCUUUUCAACUCGAAUCGCUAUGUAGGGGUACCGUUUAGCAACAUUUUGGCCUUUAAGCAAACCCUUAAAGCGAGGGAGUUAGGUAAAGAGAUUGAUGGUCUUCUUCUGUCGAUCAUAAACGAACGAAAGAAAUCUUUGGUCGAAGGAGAGGAGCACCACGAUCUUCUCGGAAUGUUGCUUAAGGCCGAUAAAGGGAAGUUUACGGCGACGGAGCUUGUAGAUGAAUGCAAAACGUUCUUUUUUGCUGGCCACGAGACGACUGCUUUAGCGCUUACGUGGACGUUCAUGCUUCUUGCGAUGCAUCCCGAAUGGCAAGAAACGAUCAGAGAAGAGAUCAGACAAGUCAUCGGAGAUUCUGAGAUUGAAUAUAACAAACUUGCCGGACUAAAGAAGAUGAGUUGGGUAAUGAAUGAGGUUCUCCGGCUAUAUCCGCCGGCGCCAAACGCACAACGACAAGCCCGAAAAAACAUUGAAGUAAACGGCCGCGUGAUUCCAAACUGCACAAACAUUUGGAUUGAUGUAGUGGCGAUGCACCAUGACGCCGAGUUGUGGGGAGAUGACGUCAACGAGUUUAAGCCCGAGAGAUUUGAUGGUGAUUUGCAUGGUGGCUGUAAAAAUAAGAUGGGGUUUCUGCCGUUUGGAUUUGGAGGGAGAAUGUGUAUUGGUCGGAACUUGACAAACAUGGAGUACAAGAUUGUGUUGUCGUUGGUUUUAUCCCGGUUCGAGAUCUCGGUAUCGCCCGGUUAUCGUCAUUCACCGAAGUAUAUGCUCUCUCUUAGACCCGGUUAUGGUAUGCCUUUAAUCGUCCGACCACUUUAA